AUGGCAGUCAGUAAGACUAAUAGACCGGAUCGUCUAGUUUGGCAUUUUACUAAGUCGGGGAAAUACUCGGUGAAGACCGGGUAUCGGGUCGCUCGGGAAUUAAUUGCGGAAGUUGAAUACGGCCCAACGUGUACGGCUUUAAGGGCUCAAUCCUGGGAACUUGACGUCCCCCCGAAGAUCCAACACUUUUUCUGGCAGAUCGCUUCAGGUACUCUUCCAGUUCUAGAACGGUUAGCACAUCGGGGUAUUCGGUGUGAUACACGGUGCAAAAGAUGUGACUUAACAGCAGAGACUAUAAAUCACGCGCUUUUUGAGUGUCCUCGGUCGCGACAGAUUUGGGAGUUGACUCCGUCGGGUGUCACGGAUAUAGCUUUACAGCUUCCAUGGAUCAUUUGGUCUCUUUGGAAAGAUAGAAAUAAAAAGGUAUUCCAAGGCAUAGAGGCUGAACCAAAUGAUAUUCUCGGUCAGGCGGCCAAUGAUAAAGCACUUUGGGAGGAGGCCAAAGCUUUUUCGAGAGGACACAUGGCACCAACGCCACCUUUAGAGGAUAGGAUCUUUUCCUCAUGCUGUCAGAUAGACGGUUCAUGGAAAGGCUCAGAUCCUUUUCAGGGUCUGGGUUGGUGGUACUGUAAUGAUGAAGGUUCGACGCUGCUUCUGGGAGCAAGAAGUUUUCGUCGUGGAUCUACGCCCCUUCAUGCGGAGCUGCAAGCCCUGAUUUGGGCGAUGGAGGUUCUCUUGGAGGCUAGGGUGGACUGUCAAGCCUACGAGACGGAUUGUGCAGAGUUAGUCGAGAUGGUGCAGACUCCAGACGACUGGCCGGCCUUCGCGAAUUUGAUGGAGGAUUUCUCAUUGCUCAGAUCGUCAUUCCCUUCCUUCACCCUUUCCAAGAUCCCUCGGGAGUCCAAUGCCAGAGCUGUCUGUCUGGCCCGCUUUUCACGAUCUUUGCCUUAUGAAACUUCUUUUGUAAACAGCUAUCCUCCCCUUUGGGCUACCAAUCGUGGAGUUCUCUUUUAA